CACAAAACCCAUACCCCCUGCGGCGGCGGCGAUGGACCCGUCCUCGUCGGGCUCCGGCGGCAACUCCCUCCCGUCCGUUGGCCCCGACGGACAGAAGCGGCGCGUGUGCUACUACUACGACCCGGAUGUGGGCAACUACUACUACGGGCAGGGCCAUCCGAUGAAGCCGCACCGCAUCCGGAUGACGCACUCGCUGCUGGCGCGCUACGGCCUCCUCAACCAGAUGCAUGUGUACCGCCCCAGCCUGGCCAGCCAACGCGACCUCUGUCGCUUCCACGCCGACGACUACAUCAAAUUCCUGCGCUCCGUCACGCCCGACACGCAGCAGGAGCAGACCCGCCUGCUCAAGCGCUUCAACGUCGGCGAGGACUGCCCCGUCUUCGACGGCCUCUACAGCUUCUGCCAGACCUACGCGGGCGCCUCAGUCGGCGGGGCCUUCAGGCUCAACCACGGCCACGACAUUGCAAUCAACUGGUCGGGCGGCCUGCACCACGCCAAGAAGUCCGAGGCGUCGGGCUACUGCUACGUCAACGACAUCGUGCUCGCCAUACUCGAGCUGCUCAAGUACCACGAGAGAGUUCUGUAUGUCGACAUCGAUAUCCAUCAUGGGGAUGGAGUGGAGGAGGCUUUCUACACAACAGACAGGGUUAUGACCGUCUCGUUCCACAAGUUUGGGGACUAUUUCCCAGGAACAGGGGAUAUCCGUGACAUUGGGCAUUCAAAGGGGAAGUACUACUCCCUGAAUGCCCCUCUAGAUGAUGGGAUUGAUGAUGAAAGUUACCAGUCCCUUUUCAAGCCAAUCAUGAGCAAAGUUAUGGAGGUUUUCCGACCUGGCGCAGUUGUGCUUCAGUGUGGUGCUGAUUCCUUAUCUGGGGAUAGGUUGGGCUGCUUCAACCUCUCAAUCAGAGGUCAUGCAGAAUGUGUUAGGUACAUGAGGUCUUUCAACGUACCAUUGUUGCUCCUUGGUGGGGGUGGAUAUACCAUAAGAAAUGUUGCACGCUGUUGGUGCUAUGAGACGGGAGUUGCUCUUGGCCAAGAGCUUGAAGAUAAGAUGCCUGCCAAUGAGUAUUAUGGAUACUUUGCUCCAUAUUACACUCUUCAUGUCACACCAAGUAACAUGGAGAACAAAAAUACACGACACCAACUGGAUGAUAUAAGAUCAAAACUUCUUGAUAAUCUUAGAAAACUUCAACAUGCUCCUAGUGUCCAGUUUCAAGAGAGAGUUCCUGAUACAGAAGUACCUGAUCCAGACAAAGAUCAAGAUGAUCCAGAUGAACGGCAUGAUCCUGACUCUGAUACGGAAGUGGAUGAUAACAAGGCUGUGGAAGCGUCAGCGAGGAGGAGCAUUCUAGGUAUGAAAGUUAAGAGAGAAUUUGGUGAAAAUGAUACCAAAGUACAGGUAGGUAUGGAAGUUAAGAGAGAAUUUGGUGGUGAAAAUGAUACCAAAGUACAGGUAGGUAUGAAAGUUAAGAGAAAAUUUGGUGAAAAUGAUACCAAAGUACAGGAUGGUGGCAGAGUUGCAUCUGAACAUAGAGUACUGGAACCCAAGGCAGAAGACAAUGGUUUCUCCAUUCAAGCUCCUCAUGUGUGUGCCAGGGCAAUGGCUGUCGAUGAGCCGAGCAAUGUUAAGAAUGAACCUGAGGGCAACUAAACUGCAAGACCAAGCAGCUGCGCACCACAAACCAUAACUGCGGCAUCAAGACUUGCUGCCCACAAACCAUACCGUGUUUUUACAAGACAACUUCCUGCGUGCUUUGGACAGCCCAAAGACCAAAGUGAAUCUGCAAAACGUUCCUGCCAUUUCAAAUUUGACUUAGCUAUAUGUUAGCACUAAUGAUUACAUGACGGUAGUGAAGAUUCCAAGAGAGCCCACCUGGGAUUGCUUGCGGUUUACAUUGACGGUAGUCUGACCCAUGUAUACAUGAAGCCUAUGAGUUGAGUUGUACAGCCAUUAGUCAAUGCAAAUAUGCAGUGAACGUGAGGGUAAUUCUUUGCGUGUUCUUGAUGUUUUUGACCUUUUUUGGGCGCAACGCAAGCAAAGUAGGCAGUUGCUGUGCC